UGCUCUGCCCUCUCUUCCCUCUCUCUCGUCUGUCUUCUUCUUCUCCCCCAUUGAAGACAAUCACUUGCAGACAAAUUACUCUCUUCUUCUUCUCGUCCCUCUCUCUCUCUCUCUCUCUGCUGAUUUCUCUUUACAUUAAUCUAUCUACCGGAACCGACGACGCAGAUUAUCUCUUCCCGUAAAGCUCCGUUUGGACUCUUCUACUUGUAACAACCUUCCGCACAUCUCCUCCUCCUCCCCGGAGCUUUCCUUGUACUCUUCCGCUUGGCCUCUUCCUGACCGCAACUCCUCCCGAGCACAUCACGACAAUGCCACGGCCCCCGGCAUGCGCCUCCAUUCUACUGCUCCUCGCGGCGGCGUCCCUCUCGCCCCUGCUCAGCUCCGUCUCAGUGGCGGAGCUGGCAGUGACAUGCUCGGGCAUCGUGCCGAUGAGGUACCGGUACGACAAGAUCUCCAUCACCGACUUUGGGGGCGUCGGGGACGGGAGGACGCUCAACACGAAGGCAUUCCAGGAGGCAAUUUACCGGAUACAGCACCUGAGGAGAAGGGGCGGCACGUUGCUGUACAUUCCACCGGGGGUUUACUUGACGGGCAGCUUCAACCUCACUAGCCACAUGACGCUUUACUUGGCCAGGGGCGCCGUCAUCAAGGCCGUCCAGGAUACCUGGACUUGGCCCUUGAUUGCUCCUUUGCCGUCUUAUGGAAGAGGGCGAGAGCGCCCUGGUGGACGGUAUAUCAGCUUCAUCCAUGGAGACGGACUCCGCGAUGUCGUGAUUACAGGAGAGAAUGGGACGAUCGACGGUCAAGGGGAUGUCUGGUGGAACAUGUGGAGGCAACGAACCCUCCGAUUUACCAGACCAAACCUUGUUGAAUUCGUAAAUUCCAAAGGCAUAAUCAUCUCCAAUGUAAUUUUCCGGAAUUCCCCCUUUUGGAACAUUCACCCCGUAUAUUGCAGAAAUGUCGUUAUCCGCUAUGUUACCAUACUGGCUCCAUAUGACUCUCCUAAUACCGACGGAAUUGAUCCAGAUUCAAGCUCGAAUGUCUGCAUAGAGGACUCAUUCAUAUCCGUUGGGGACGACCUAGUGGCAGUUAAGAGUGGAUGGGACGAGUACGGUAUAAGGUAUGGCCGUCUAAGCUCCAGCAUCACUAUCCGGCGGCUGACUGGAACAUCCCCAUUCGCUGGAAUCGCAGUUGGAAGUGAAGUCUCUGGCGGUGUCGAGAAUGUCUUUGCAGAGAACAUCAACCUCUACAACACAGGUAUUGGCAUACACAUCAAAACCAACAUUGGACGCGGAGGCUUCAUAAAGAACAUAACCGUGUCCGAUGUUUACAUGGAGAACGUGCGGAAGGGGAUAAAGAUAUCGGGAAACGUAGGUGACCACCCUGACGAAUACUAUAACCGGAACGCUCUGCCCUACGUGAAGGGCAUCACGAUCAAGGACGUGUGGGGGGUGAAGAUCCAGGAGGCAGGGCUGAUUCAAGGGCUGAAAAACUCUCCAUUCACCGGUAUAUGCCUAUCGAAUGUCAAUCUCCGUGGCUGGCCUGGGCGAAGAAGGGCCAAGUGGACGUGUGAGCAUGUGAGUGGGGCGUCCUUUGAGGUCAGCCCGUGGCCUUGCUCGGAGCUUGCUAGCACGUACCAGGCCAGUUCGUGUUUUUCUUCUCCUUAAGAUAUAAAAUUGGCUAAUUUUUGUCGCUCCAAAAUUCUUUUUGCGAGAUUGGACGGGUUAAAUAAUUAUUUAACAAUUAUAGAAUUAAGUUAUGUCCUUUAUUAUAAGACCAUAUGUGUCACAAGACCAUGUAUAUCAUUAAUUGGUUUCUGUAAGCUUAUUGAUCUGCGCCAAUUUCGUGGCCAAGACACUGAAAA